CUUAGUCGCUAACGAACCAGAAGCUAUAGGAAACCCCAAAUUUCUCCCUUCUUCAUCUUCCAUCUCUCUCUCUCUCUCUCUCUCUCUCUCUCUCUCGGCUUUUGUAAGAUCUGAUCUGUUCAAAGAGAACUAGCAAUGCCGGGCUCGGCAGCGACGCCGGGCUGGUUCAAUUGGCAGGGUAUGUGGGAUGCAAGCAUUCCGGAUUUCGACGGUGAGAUCCGCCGACGUCCGUACCAUCGGAACUGUGGCUGCGCCCUUCAUCGCUCUCGUGCCAUCCCCUCCGAUGCACCCUGCCCUUCUUCCUCCACCGUUUCUUACCCCAUCCGCCGGCGAUCCUCCUCAUGGCAGUCCUUGACUUCCUCUUCAUCCUCCACUAACCUAGCCACUUCCUAUUCCUCCUCAACUAACCUCGCUGCCUUCAGUGACGCCAACUCCCGGAUAUCCAUCGAAGGCAACGCUAAUGGCGGAGAAGCCGCUAUUGUCCUCUUCACCAUCGAUCCCUCCUACCAGGCUUGAGGCGAGGAGAUCUGUCUCUUCUUAUUGAUUUAUGCUUACUUGAUCAUCAAUCUAUUUUUCUAUUCUUCUUCACUUUCCCUCCUUUUUCGAGGUGUUUGUCUUUAGCCAUUAAUUUACUUACUACUGUCAUCUACUAUUACCAUCGCCUUAAAUGAUAAACAAAAAAUUUUCCCAUUUCUUUGUAAGUGUGUUACUCAAUUUCUGUAUUUUAUACCAGAUUUUUAAGAAUUCAGAUUAAAUUAAAGGAUUUUACUGAGAAAAGCUGGUUUCAAUUU